AGUCCUAAACGAAGGAAUCGAAAAGAGGAGCUCGGAAAAAUAUUAUUUUUACUAAACCCUUUAAACCUUACACAAGAAUGGGGAGAACAUCCUUGUUUCAAGCGGUGGUUGUCGUCUUUUGUGUUUCCACUGUUCCUGGGAAGGAGGAAGAGCGUGAAAAGAUGGUGACGGAUGUGAUCAAAGUGAAUGGGAGCCUCUUCCGGUCCUAUGGAUGCUAUUGCGGCACCGAAGGCCUGGGCAGUGGAGAACCCAAGGACUACAUUGAUAUGUGCUGCCAGAUCCUGAACUGCUGCUACGAGGUUCUGAAGGGUUCGAGGUGUGACGCCAAAGCCACCAGCUAUAAAUAUAUUUACGAUGGAGAAAACGUUGAAUGCUGGAUGGCGAACAACUUUGCGUGGUGCAAGGCGAAUGUCUGCUCCUGCGACAGGCACUUCUCCCUCUGCCUCCUGGAUGCUCAUGGACUCUUCAACCGGGACCACCUUGUCUCUUCUUCGGGGCCCAGAGCGUGCGGUGAAAGAAACCCCACCGAGUGCAACGUGGAAGGAAGCUCCUCCUGAAACAGCAAGGCCCUGCCCUUAGGACUUCCACCCUAAGAGAGACAUAAAGAGGGAAGAAGGAAGGAAAAUGGAAGGAGAUGGGGAUAAUGGGAUAAAGAAAGUAAGUUGGAAGGAAGAGGGAUGUAAUGAAAGAAGGAAGGAAGGAGGAAAAAGGGAAGGAAGGAGAAGAUAGGAAGGAAUGAUAAAAGAGGGAUGGAACAAAGGAAGAAAAUCCCUAGGAAGGUGUUCUUUAUAUUAACUUUAGGUCCUAAAGAGGAGAUUUUAAUCAAAUCUGUGAAUAAUAAAAUAUGUAAAACUACAUAAU